GUUCAAAAGGCACCGUUGCUCUCCGAGGUCGGUUGGGCGAGAGUGGAGGUGUUUUGAAGGUUUCAUGUUUUAGACUUUGAGAAGCCGUUAUUUCCUCUGUUUCACAGAGAAACGGAGCGGAUUCACCUCAUGGAGUGAAAACUGGGAGGUCACUGGAUUUCGAAACGAAAACGAAAUUGAAACACCUGCAACAGAAAUGCCGGGAAUCCCGCAGUAGACCGGCAGUCAGUCAGUGAAUUCCGUGUUACACGUUAAUCUCGGCGCUAACGUUCAUCUCCACAGACAUGGAGAGAUUUAAAUUCACCUUGUUGGAAAUAUCUAACAAACUCAGUAGCGAUAACUUGGUGAGCCUUAAGUUUCUGUGUGCGGACAAAAUCGGCAAGAAAAAAACUGAGGAGGUUGAAAACGGACUCCAGCUUUUCGAUUAUCUGAUUCAGAGGGAAAUCAUUGGACGCGACAACACUGAACAUCUGCGGGAGCUGCUCGACAAAAUAGGCCGGCAAGAUUUGCUGGGACUUAUCGACACCUACGAAGGGCAAGCGGACCCCGCCGAGUUACCCGAUAAAGCAGAGCUAGAAAAAAUCAACAUUGCAACAAAUGUCAUAGUUGACAAUCUGGGAAAGAAGUGGAAAGAAUUCGGACGCAAACUGCCCCUCAGUGAUGCCAAGCUUGAUGGCAUAGAAGAGAAACACCCUCGCAACCUGGAGGAGAAAGUGAGGGAGGUCAUCAAGGAGUGGAAGAAGAUGCGCAAAGGGCAGGCCAAGGUGGACGAACUGAUCAAGGCACUUCGUGCUUGCAGCCAGAACUUCACUGCUGAUGUUGUGGAGAAAGCGCUCCAGAAAGCCAGUACACCCUGAAAAUACGUGAUCUUUUCCCUUCACUCUCUUCUUAUGUUCAGCUGACUGGACAUGUGUGCUGUGUGUGUUGAGUUCUCUUUGUCUCCCUGUGUAUUGAGCUCAUUUACAAAUACAAGGCGCUUUGGCAUCUGAA